GCAAUGUAUCUUGGAUCUUGGCUGCAACAUGUCUCGUUUGGAUAAUGACUCCAGGUGUAGGUUUCUUAUAUAGCGGUAUGGCUCGAAGAAAGAAUGCCUUAUCUUUAAUAAUGCUAUGCAUUUUGACUAUUCCCAUUGUAUCCAUACAGUACAUAUGUGGUUAUAGUCUCGCAUUUAGCAAAACUGGUGGCCCUUUUAUUGGUGAUCUGCGAAACGCCUUUUUUUUGAAUCUUCAAUGGAAUUCUAGUGAACCAGAAGCUGCGUUUGUGAGUAAACAAAUUCCGGAAGCUGAGCUUGCAAUUUUUGAGUGCAUGUUUGCAGUUAUUGCUUCUGAAUUGAUCAUUGGAGGAGCUGCAGAACGCGUAAAACUAAUGCCAAUGAUCAUAUUUAUAUUCAUUUGGUCUACUCUUGUUUAUGACUUUAUUGCCUCAUGGUGCUGGUCAGAUCAUGGUUGGUUUACGCAAUGGGGUGGCCUUGAUUUUGCUGGUGGUAUUCCAGUAUAUAUAUCAUCUGGAGCUGCUGCUCUUGCCUUUUGUAUUUUUCUCGGAAGACGAAGAGAAACUUCCAAUCCUCAUAACAUUGUUAAUGUAAUUCUUGGCACUCUAUUGCUAUGGUUCGGGUGGUUUGGUUUUAACGGCGGCACUGCAGCAGCUUCCAAUAGCCGUGCUGUUAUGGCCUUUAUUGUCACAAAUCUUGCUGCUUCAUUUAGUGGACUAACUUGGAUGUUUUUUGAUUAUCAUUUUGAAAAAAAAUUAAAAGCGGUUAGCUUUUGUAAUGGUGUUGUUGCAGGAUUAGUUGCCAUAACACCAGGAUCGGGUUACGUUGAUCCUUACGCUGCCGUCGUUUUUGGCGUACUUAGUGGGUUUAUUUGCAAUAUGGCUGCUGCUUUGGUAAAAACAAAGAUUAAAUGGGAUGAUGCUAUGGACGUUUUUGCUAUUCAUGGAGUUGGUGGAUUUCUUGGAAGUAUUCUCACGGGAUUUUUUGCUAAUAAAGAUACUGUUUUUAGUCUUAAUGGUGAUAAAAUAGAUGGCGGUGUUAUCAAUGGCAACUAUAUCCAAAUUGUAAAACAAUUGUCAGGAAGUUGCGUUGGCUUAGCAUACUCUUUUACUGUUACUUAUAUCAUUCUCCAUGUAAUGAAUUCUCCAAAAUAUUUAGGGUGGAAUAUAGAAGUUUUUAAAUUGGAUGGAACAGAAGGCACGGACCAACUUGAAAUGGAAGAAUCUGCUUACUGA